UUUAAUUUGAAAAAUUGUGCCGAGUGGUUGCCAAAGAUUUUCAUUCAAUUUAAAAAAUUAUAUAAAUAGGAAGCCGCAUUAGUCAUGAUUCCGUUUUCUCUGGCUGUUGUGUGGUUGGCACUUAUCUUUGUCUUUCCUUAUUGCCGUCUAGUGGAUUCUUUGAGUAAUGUUUGCGUUGGUCAGACAAAAGUUUCGUAUAUGGGAAAAGUUUACAAAACUAAACUUGUACCAUAUCAACAAUAUUCCUACUUUACUGGUUACACGACAAAAUAUAGGCACAGUGGCGGAUAUGAAGAUCAGGUCGGCUACAGAUUUGAACCGAAAUACUCUUGCUGCUCCGGCUACGAGGGAUCCAUAUACGACUGUAGGCCAGUCUGCCUGAAGAAAUGUCCUGCCAACAGCCGAUGUUCUGCCCCCGAACGUUGCACCUGCGAUGACGGCUACGGCGGAUCAGAGUGCCAACCAAUCUGUCUUGCAGCUUGCGGAAAGAACGAGUUUUGCCAGCGACCUAACCAGUGCAGCUGCCAAAAUGGCUACAACCGGAAAUCGACCAGUGAAAACUGCCUGCCCGUUUGCGACGAGGGAUGUGGAGAUCAUGGCUUCUGUGCGGAACCAGGUAAAUGCCAGUGCGCACCCGGCUACGAAAUGGUUGAAAACGCCUGCCAGCCAACUUGCGACCCCGAGUGUGGUGAAAACUCUUACUGCCAGGAGCCGCACUUGUGCGCCUGCUCGAAAGGACACAAGGCCGAUGAGCAGGGCAAGUGCUUGCCCAUCUGCGAGGAAGGCUGUGGCCCACACAGCCGCUGUGUGAGGCCAGGAAUCUGCGAGUGUGAGCAGGGAUUUGCCGGCAGCGAGCGGGGAACCAAUUGCCAGCCAAAGUGCUCGAGCUGUCCGGAGAACGGGAGUUGCUUCGCUCCGGAAGUCUGCAUGUGCAAUCCCGGCUACGUGAUGAAGGACAAUCGCUGCGAGCCGCACUGCGAAAAAGAUUGUUCAGACUACGGGCGCUGUGUGGCACCAAACCAGUGUGAGUGCUACCCGGGUUACGAGGAGACCGGAGUGGACAAGAAGUGCCAGCCCAAGUGCAGCAAGGGCUGUCCGAACGGGUUCUGCUUUGCGCCGGAGAAGUGCGUCUGCAACAAUGGCUACCUGAUGGGUCGCAACGAGACCUGCGAGCCAGCUUGCAGCGCCAUCUGCGUGCACGGCACUUGCACCCAGCCGGAUACGUGCUCCUGCGAUCCUGGAUAUCGCUUCACGGACAACUCGCAGCACGUUUGCGAGGCGAUCUGCGAGGGCGGCUGCCAGAACGGCGACUGCAUGGCCCCGAAUGUGUGCAUAUGCCACGAGGGCUACCAGCCGGACGACAUGGAUCCGGCCAAGUCCGUAUGCAAGCCCAUCUGCCAGAAUGGCUGCGUAAACGCAACCUGCACGGCACCAGGUGAAUGCAGUUGCUUGAAGGGACACACAAAGUCCUCGGCCAGCACUUGCAAGCCUGACUGUACCGGAGGCUGUGAGUUCGGCGACUGCGUGGCCCCGGACGAGUGCCAUUGUCGGGCGGGAUACGAGAAAACCGAUCAGGGCUGUCGGCCACAAGCCACGACUACAUCAAGUACCCCACAGCCUACCACUGUAAAAAAUUCAAGGGACACAACUCUAGAACCCAUCACAACUCCUGCCACAUCCGACAGCACAACUUCAGAAAGAGCUCAGGACCCAGUGACCACUCCUGCCGCAAAACUCAACAACUCCGUUGACUUCCUGCACCAAUCGAAUUGCAGUGGCAAUUGCCUGUGCUGGAUCGAGUUCGAUGACGAGGGCAUCCUGACCACGGCCAAGUGCGCCAAGGUGUGCGUGGACCACCAGGACAAGCCGUGCCUUAACUUGGCUAACUGCCACUGCGAUCUGCCAAGUGGCCAGCUGAUCUGCAAGAACGACGAUCCUGAGGACGAGGAUUCAAGCUCCGAGGAGACGCACUACGUCUGCCGCGUGGUCCAGCCCAUGAAAGCGCAAUCGGAGGCGGAGGUCAGGUUGGUGGCCAGCAAAACAUCCAGUCCCAAGUGGAUGGUCAUCAUGGGCUCCUGCGCCGGAAUCGUCCUUGGAGCGGCCCUUGCUGCUGUAGCCACAAAGUACUACCGAGCUCAUACCUCCAGGCGCAACUUCGAGAACGAAGCCAUCUAUGAGGACUGCUUGUAGACCAUAAUCUUAUCUAUACUAUAUAUCCUUUAAAUUUACACACAACAACUAAAGAACUUGAUCUUAAUAAAACAUUCAGCUAGCCA